AAAUGUAGAAUAAUCUCAGGAAAUACAUCACAGUCCAUUUAAUAUUUCCAAUUAAAAUCAUGCUAAAACAUGUAAAAAGCAACAGUAAUUCCAAUAUGUUAGACACGAAAUACCUCAAGCAUGAGGUGGAAUUAACUCAGAGACAUCAGGAAAUUAUCUUGAGACGCGAGGCACUACUGAAUGGAACCGAGGCUUUUUAUGAUGACAAAGAUGACAAGUCGGGAUCGUUUAUUGGGACGUACAAUAAUGCCAUUGAGAGAAAUCAACUUUUACUCCAGGACAUGAGACAGUUUUCAGAAGAGAUGAAGAUGAAGAAGAGAGCCAAAGAAGAUCCAAGAUUUACAACACUAAAAAAUAACUACUGGUCAAUGGUGAAAAAUAUCUUCCCUGUCUGGUCCGAAGAGAUGCGCGAAUACAAAAGGAGACGCAAUACGCCACGUUCAAAUCGCUCGGUCUCGGAAGAAGCAUCGGAACUCGACUUGAUGCCAGAAAAUGGUUAUAAUUUGGAUAUUUCAGAAGCAGAUUUUUCAAAUCUUUCACCACCCCAGACAGGACGCUCUAGUAAAUCUGUGACAAUUGACCCAAAUUUACCAGAGAGCAAAUCCUCUACUAAAGAGAAGAAAAAAAAGAAAGGGCUUUUUGGUUUAAAGUCACCAAGAUAAAUGUGGACACAUUGUUUCAGCAUUACUCUUUAGAAAGAUGUGAACUUUGAAAUUCAAACAGUCCGCUCUCGAUAAGAUAAUCUCACAGAUCAUCUCCCAUAUCAAUCAUGUCUAAAAGCAGUGACUGACUGCAUUCUGUGCGGUAGUGCGGCAAAAAUUAAAAACAAGAAAUGCUAAAGGGAUAAACAUGGUGGCAAGAGAAUUUCCGUCCUUACAUUUUUAUCAUUAAAGGUAUUCCUCACUCCGUCCAAGACUAGCUUUUUGCAAUCAUUCCAAAUACGAGGUGAUCGGGUAUGUUAUAUAAAUAUUGUAUUAAUCAUAUUUGAAAUGUAGUAACCCAAAUGAUAGUAGUUCAACUUCAUGUAGUAUUUUUUGCAAUAAAUAUU